CGUGGCAGAGGUAGAAGAUACAGUGAUCAUCUCUCUCCAUAGAAGAACAAUGUUGAAACCGAAGACUUUGGGAUUAUUAUAAAUUGUGGAUAAUACAAUGAACACCACUGUCACCCCAUCAGACUUGCUGGAUGUGCCAAGACAGCAGAACAUCAGUGGCACCCUGGGCGCACAGUCCCCGUCAGGCUGGGCUGUGAUCCACACUGCUACUUUAACCUUCUGCUCUCUCCUCCUCAUCUUCAUCUUCCUCCUGGGCUCCUAUGGCAACCUCGUGGUGUUCCUGUCCUUUUUUGACCCUGUGUUUCGCAAAUUCCGCACCAACUUUGACUUCAUGAUCCUCAACCUGUCCUUCUGUGACUUGUUUAUCUGCUGUGUGACUGCUCCCAUGUUUGCCCUGGUGCUCUUUCUGGAUGCAGGCGGAGGGGAUGGUGUGUCAAAGAGUUUUUGCUUUGCUUUCCACCUGACAAGCUCGGGCUUCAUCAUCAUGUCACUAGAGACAGUGGCUGUCAUUGCUCUCCACAGGCUGCGCAUGGUUUUGGGGCAGCAGCCGAACCGCACAGCCUCCUUCCCCUGCACGCUGGCCCUCACCGCCUUGCUGUGGACUUCCAGCUUCACCAUGGCAGCCCUCCUAACAAUGCGAGCGUACCCUCGUAGAGAUGGACCAUGCUUGCCACACUUUGGCUUCGGAGGUGGAAAUGCCAGGGUUGUGUUGUAUGUAUACCUAGCAGACUUUGCUUUCUGUGUUGCUGUGGUGUCUGUGUCCUACCUGAUGAUUGCUCAGACACUACGGAAGAAUGCACGAGUAAGAAAAUGUCCAGUUAUAAGUGUAGAUGCCACAUGCCCUCCACCGCCUCCCCCUCUCCUUGCAGCAGGCUUUGAGAGCAUGCAGUGUGCCGUUCCAGGCCCCCCUCUGUACCGCAACCAAACUUACAAUAAACUGCAGAAUGUUCAGACGCACUCAUACGCCAACAAAACCAGCCAGCCUCUUGUUCCAGGAGCUGCACAAGGCGCCACUUGCUGUCAGCUGGUCUCUACAGUAAACCUGGCCACAGCCAAAGACUCUAAGGCGGUUGUCACAUGUGUAGUGAUUGUGUUCUCUGUGCUGCUGUGCUGCUUACCCAUGGGAGUUUCACUGGCACAGGAUGUUUUAUCACCAGAAAGCAGCUUUGCACAUUACCAGUUUGAAUUGUGUGGCUUUGUGCUCAUUUUCCUCAAGUCAGGCAUCAAUCCCUUUGUGUAUUCGCGAAACAGCGCGGGCCUUCGCCGUCGUGUGCUGUGUUGCAUGCAGUGGGCGGCUCUGGGCUUCCUGUGCUGCAAAAACAAGACUCGUCUGCAUGCGAUGGGGAAGGGCAGCUUGGAAGUCAAUCGCAAUAAAUCCUCCCACCAUGAGACCAACUCAGCCUAUGUACUGUCGCCAAAGCCACAGAGGAGGCUGGUGGACCAGGCAUGUGGGCCCAGUCACUCCAGGGAUUGUGUGGGGAGUCCAAAGGUCACAGGUGCUCGCAAACCUCGCCCACCUAGUACCUCUACGCCUAUAAACACCCGCAUUGAACCCUACUACAGUAUUUACAACAGCAGUCCCUCUGCAGGGCCCAGCUCGCCCACCAGCCUACAGCCCGUAAGCUCACAGACAUUUGCUUUCGCCAAGUCUUACGUAGCGAUGCACUACCACACUCACCAAGAUGCACUGCAAGACUUUGAGAGCAGCUCAGUGCACCAGAUUCCCAUUCCCUCAGUCUGAUCAAAGAGCUGCUAAACAGAAAGGUUUGGACCACAAUGCCAUGGCUUUAAGCCAUCAAAAGAGUAAUAUAAAAACACAUAUUUUAUGUACCAGUAUUUGGAAUCUGUAUUAACCUUUUGUUCUCUUCUGCAGUGAAAAUGUAUGUUAUGUUUUCUUGAGUGGGAAAAUUUCGGUAUCAGAAUUACAAGCCUUGCCAUGAAAACCAAGCAAUAGAAUUGUCAUGAAAGUGUCUGUUUCAGAAAUGUUAUUUACUGUUACUGAAUAGACCAUGUUCCCAAAGUGGCCAUGUUAUUCUGACAUCACAGCCAGGGUGGAAAGGUCAGUAAUGUCAUACUCCUGAGUUUCAGGUUUAAAGUCAUGUAAAGGUGUGAUUUUAGGGUCCUGACUAGGGGUGCAUUGACUGUAAAAUUUGUUGUUUGAAUGUUUGGCUAAAAACAGACUCACACAUGGGGUGACGGAUUCAUUGGGCAAGACAGUGUGGCGCUCUUGGUAUCUCAGCAUGCAGACCAAAAUCAGAAUCUUUAGGUCUUACUAUACUGUUGUGAGGAUUGGACGCUGACUGAUGGCCAGAGGUGCCAACUGGACUCCUUUGUUACAACUUCUCUUCAGUGCACCUUUGGGUAUCACCAGCAAGACGGUUUGUCUAAUGCUGACGCCCCCAGGAGAGCGGGGAUGGGAAGGGUCAGCUACUGGUUUCGGGAGUAGCAGCUGUGCACCUUCAGACACCUGGCGUGCUGUCCCAGGCCUGAUCCAGCUCACAGCAUAAUGGGUGCCCAGGACCUGGUGGGCUGGGUCAGACAUCAGGGCAGCUCGUGCAUUGUGGAGAGUUCAACUGGGAGGAUACUUGGAGAGCUGGGGCAUGGGCCUGGUGUGGACCUGGACAAAGGCAGUUAGGAGGCCAUAGCAGUACAAGGCCAAGGUUGACACGGCUAUCGCCAAACCAGCAUAUUCUCCCAUACCUGACCUGACCUGACCUGAGCUAACAUUAGCCAGGAAUUGGCUGAAUACAAGGAUUAGCCCUAUGAGAAGGUAGCUAAUGGAUGGGAGAGGGUAAUAAAGAGACUUAGGACAACAUUUGGUGACCUGUCACAGACAAUAGUGAAUCUUAGAAUUUUAAUAACUUCCUAAUAAUAUGUAUCACUGCUUUCCUUUAUCACAUUGUAAUGUUAACACUCCCAGCUGGUAUUUAGACUAGCUAUAAUAGAUAGCUAAAGGCUUGACAUUGGAAAUCUGUUGGGACAUUGAGUAAAACUUUAAUACUUUAAUAAAGUACUUAUAGUAACUAACCUACUGAGACAACAGUUAAUUUUAGCAUUUAAAAACUUCCUACCAUUUGGCUAUGUUAGCUAUGAAUUAGCGCCUUUAUUGCUGUAUUAGACUUUUCUGUUAGCAUUCUGCCAUUUUAGCUUACCUUAAUAUCAUAUAUUCUUACGCAAACCCACAGGUGUUUGCUAACAUGAGCAUAAAUGUUUUCAACUACAAAUAUGGCCCAAUCUCCUUCUGGAUUUUCACUACAUUCUAAGUUUUAAGGUUCAGUUUAUCAGAUUCACUUUACACAGCCUCUGAGCUGAAACACAGCUGUAAGACAUUACUUAUAGCAAUUAACCGUCCUGUCCUGACUGUGACCCAAGAACAUGGCUGCCCUGUGAACAUGGUCAAUUCAUUUAUUGACUUGUUGUUUUACAGAUAUAGCAUUUUGCAUAAAUCUGACCCAGUGUUGCACACGCAUGUGCCAGUAUAACCCAAAACUUUGCAGGCUGUCUGACAGACACUACAGUAGUUGGUUUCACUGCUGCCUUUCUCUGUUAGAGGAAGCUGAGCGCUGAUAUCAGCUGCUGUGGUGUCAGGGCUGUCAUGAAUGUCUGCUCAGGCUCACACAUGGCUGUUGAUGGCAUGUGGUUGCAUUUUUGAUGGACUUUUGCUUCUUGAGAAAAAUGUAUUUGUGAAUCUCAUACAAUU